ACCAGUCACGCAAAGUGUUCCAGUUCGGUUCCCAAAUCCCCUCGUCUGCGCCGCCGAUCAUGGCCUCCGCCGCCGCUGACGACGACCUCGACCUCGCCUUCCGCCUCCAGCUCGCCGAGGCCCUCCAAGCAUCUCUCCGCCUCGACACCCGUAACCCCUCCUCUUCCAAAACCCCUGCAAUCGCCUCCUCUUCUACGUCGUCGUCGUCGUCUCGACCCGGGCCAUUGGACUCGGACGCGGCGUACGCGCUAGCCCUCCACGCCGCGGACCUCAGGCGCGCCGAGGAGGACCACCGCUACGCCAAGGCCUGCCGCGCCUACCACGCGCGGGCCGCCGCCUCCGUCCGCGUGGCGGCCCACGACGCCGUCUUCGCGCGCGAGCUCGCCGCCGUCCCGGAGGACCGGUGGGCCGACGACGGCGACAACAUCGAGCGGCCCCUCGAAUCCUCCGCCGCCGCCGGCCCCCUCUUCCGGGUCUUCUUCAAGGGCAUGUCCAGCAAGGAGGUCGUGGCGCCGCGGGACCGGGACCCCGGCGUCGCCGCGCUCGCCGUCGCCAUCUGCGGGCCACAGGGGGAGGUGGUGCUCAGGGUGCAGAAGCCCGUGCAAGCGUUCGUCGGCGGCCGCAUGACGCUUGAGGUCAUGGCGCUCAACGAAGGCCUCCACGCCGCGCUCGGGCUGGGGAUCCAGAGCGUCAAGAUUGUCACCGAUUACAGGUCGCUCAGCAAUCAUUUACUUGGAUAUUGGCAUCCGACACAAAAGAAGGUUAUAGAUGUGUUAAAUCAGGCUGCGUCACUACGAAAGAAAUUUCAGCGAUGCCAAAUCUCACUUGUUCAACGAAACCAACUUGACUACGUGAUGAAAUUAGCAAGAGAUUCAAUAGAUUCCCAGGUUGCCAAAGCUGCUGCCAUGGAUGCUAGCAAGGAGAAAAGGGAGACAUGCACCAUAUGCUUGGAAGACACUGAUGUCACUAAAAUUCAUGCAGUCGAAGGUUGUGGGCAUCGCUUUUGCUUCUCCUGCAUGAAGGAGCAUGUGAAAGUUAAGCUGCUCGACGGAACGCUCCCAGCUUGCCCACAGGAUGGUUGCACUACAAAGCUAUCUGUGGAGGGCUCAAAGAUAUUCCUAUCGCCCCGACUGUUAGAUAUCAUGGUGCAGCGCAUCAGGGAAGCGCAGAUCCCUCCUACUCAAAAGAUCUAUUGUCCAUAUCCCAAGUGCUCAGCGUUAAUGUCCUUGAGUGAAGUGAUACGCCCAAUGCAAGAAUCUUCCUCAAAGUACACCAUUGCUGAUGCUGCCACAUUGAGGAACUGUGUCAAAUGCAGAGGCUCAUUCUGCAUCAGCUGCAAGGUCCCAUGGCAUGACAGAAUGAGUUGCUACGACUACAAGAGAAGGUACCCUCAUGCUCGUCCAGAAGACGCAAAGUUACAGAACCUUGCCCGGCAGCAGCUGUGGCGCCAGUGUAUCAAAUGCAAGCACAUGAUUGAACUCGCGGAGGGUUGCUACCAUAUGACUUGUGUGUGUGGCUACGAAUUCUGCUACACCUGUGGGAAAGAAUGGAAGGAGAAGAAAGCAACCUGCUCCUGCCCGCUGUGGGAUGAAGGCAACAUUAUCCAUGAUGACAGCGACGAGGACGACGACGACGACGACGACGACUACGAUGAGGAUGAGGAUGAUGAUGAUGAUUACUACCCAGCAAACCAGGAUCACGGUCGUCAUCAUGGUGGUGGAGGCGCCCAAGUUCACUAUGGCUACAACAACAAUCCCGGCCGCCAUCGUCGCGGUGGAGCGCCAAGAAUUUUCUACAACUACAAUAACUAGUCCAUUGGACCGAAAAUUCUCUAUCAACUUAGUUCGGAGUAUAACUGAUACUGCUAUUAUCUAAGCUGGAUAUCCUACCGUGCAAUAUUUCACUAGGUUUAGUUCAUGGCCUAUGUUCUGGCUCUGAUAUUAAUUAGCUGUGUUUUGUUUUUGCUCAAUGAUCUUCUCUGGAUAGCAUGCCAUACUUCUCAGAACAUA